AUUUUGUUAAAAAUAAAUUAAAUUUCAAACUGGAUCACUCAACAGGAAAACAUGUCGACAUCAAGACCUAAAGUAUUUAUCAAAGAUCCCGAUCUACCUGAAGAAGGACUUGAAAUAUUAAAGUCACGGUGUACGUUAAUUCGUGGUGCAAAAGGAAACACAAAGGAAGACAUAGCAAAACUAAUAAGGAAUGCAAAUGGUGUUGAUGCUAUAAUAUGGUGUGACAAUGGUGUGCCAAAUAAGGAUAUUUUGGACGCCGCUGGACCAAAUUUGAAAAUUUUUGCAUCAGUUUCCGCUGGUGUUGAUCAUUUAAAUAUUUCAGAAAUUAAGAGUCGAGGUGUUUUAAUUUCAAAUACACCAGGUGUUUUAAAUGCCGCUGUGGCUGAAUCGGCUGUUUUGUUAACUUUAGGAGCUGCACGUCGAAUUGAAGAAGGGCGAAGAAAAAUUAUUAAUGGUGAAUGGAACACAACAUUUAAUUGGCUAUUAGGUAAUGAUUUAAUCGACUCGACUGUUGGUAUUGUUGGUUUGGGAGGAAUUGGUAUAAGUAUUGCACGUCGAUUAAAGGCAUUCGAUGUAAAACGUAUUAUUUACACUGGACACAGCCCCAAAGCUACGGCUGAUGAGUUUGGUGCUAUAUUUGUUCCAUCAUUCAAUGAUUUGUUAAAAGAGAGCGAUUUUAUUAUUUCUUCUGUUCCAUUAACAAAAGAAACUGCGCUAAUGUUCAAUAAAACAGCAUUCGCACAGAUGAAAAAAAAUGCUGUGUUCGUGAAUGUUGGUCGUGGAGGCGUUGUCAAUCAAGAUGAUUUAGUUGAAGCAUUGAAAACAAAUACAAUUUUUGCUGCUGGUCUUGAUGUUAUGACUCCAGAACCAUUACCUGUUGAUCAUCCAUUACUAAAGUUACCAAACUGUGUUUUAAUGCCGCAUAUAGGAAGUGCAACAGUAAAAACACGUAUUGGAAUGACUAAUUUAGCAUCGAAAAAUGUUUUAGCUGCGUUAGAUAAUAAACCAUUAUUAACACCUGUUAAUUAAAGACUUGC